AUGUCGAAUACGACAGCGUUUGGUGCCCAAUCGAUUCAUGGCACGAAUCCCCAGUUCCUGGUCGAGCGCGUGAUUCGCGCACGUAUAUACGACUCGACGUAUUGGAAGCAUGACUGCUUUGCCCUGACGGCUGCGACGCUGGUGGACAAGGCUGUUGAGCUGUCGUAUGUCGGUGGGACAUUCGGUAUGCAGCGGCCGAGUCCAUUUUUGUGCCUCGUACUCAAACUAUUGCAGAUUCAGCCUGAGCGUGAAAUCAUUCUCGAGUACCUGGCGGCGGAGGACUUCAAGUACUUGCGUGCCGUCGCGGCCAUGUAUGUGCGCCUGACAUUCCCAGCGAUCGACGUGUACGAAAUCCUCGAGCCGAUGUUGAAUGACUAUCGCAAAUUGCGGUGGCGCGAUAUGGCUGGCAACUUUUCUCUUUCACACAUGGACGAGUUUGUGGAUCUUCUGUUAACGGAAGAGCGUGUAUGUGACCUCAUUCUGCCACGCCUGACCAAGCGCUCUGUGCUCGAGGCCAAAGAAGGUCUGCGCCCGCGCACAUCGCGUCUUGAAGAUGCGAUGCUCCGUGGUGAUGCAGAUGGUUUGGAGGAAGGCAGCGGGAGUGAUAGCGACGACUCGCUCGCGGCACUGCGCGCGGAGCACCGCACGCGUAUGCACCAGGCCGAUACCCUGCGUUCUCAGAGUCGCCCGCACGAAACACCACAAGACGGUGCGUACGAAUCGCAACAAUCGGAGUCGGAAGAAGAACGCCUUCAUGAGCGACUCGCUCGUACGCCGAGCCCGGCUUUCCGGUCACGAUCACCCAGCAGGUCGCCUGAUUAA